AUUUUUAAUUGCAGAUGAAAAUGGGUGGAACAGAGGUGAGUCAUAUUAAUUGUUUAUUUUAAUCUAAACUUUUGAUACAGUUACCAUAUUCAGCUUUAUAUAACAGUUCUAUCUGGUCCUCGAAUCUGAUCGGCUGAGAGGAGUGUGAUAUUCUAGUGAUAACAGCACUUCAACCGUUUCACUGUUUGUAUCACUCCGCUUGCAGUAUUUCUGUAAUAGCAGACGCCCAAAUCCACUAUAAUUUUAUAAAUAAUACUGUUUUUGUCAAUACAUGUUUUUAAGUUAGAUUGUACUUGUUUAGACUUAAAAUAUGCGGUUUGUUAAUAAAGAUAACGUCUAUUUGUUAAUAAAGAUAACGUCUAUUUGAAAAUCAGCUUCAACGUUUUCGGAGAUGUGAGCUCCAGGGUGUCAGCGGCCAUUCAGUGCUCGUGAACCCACCGAGAGCAGCCUCACCUCGGCCAGAUUUUCUGGAAUUUGAUGCUGGCUCUGAUGUUUCUAUAAUGGUUAAACAUGAGCACUGCCUUUGUACUUUUGACUGAAUUGCCUAGCAAAUUUUAUGACGGCUGGUGUUGUUUAUUAAAUAUUAUUAUUCAAUAAAUAAUAUUUUAUAUACAUAGUAGUAUUUAGUAUUGAGAAACAGUGGGCCUCAUUCAUGAAACACGAGCAGAACUAAUUUUUGUGUAAAUCAUUCGUAAAGCUGUUCUGACGUAAAAUUUGGGAUUCAUGAAAGUGUUUGUAUUUUACAAAUGUUAGUUGGUCACAAAAAAUUUACACCUGCUCCUAGCCCCAUGUAAAUGGGUUGUAAAUCAUCCGAACAUUUUGCUCAUUGAUGGCGCUGCAUGUUUCUAAAACUAUUUACCUUAUAUAGUCACGUAUGUAUCACGCAGCAUUUUAAUAAAAUAAUAUACAGUAAUUAAACACAGUAUACUGCGUUUUCCUUUUUACUAUUAUCAUGAACAGCAGUAAUAUAAUCUGCAAAUGUAACACUUUUAUUUAAUAAUUAAUUACUUUUGUUAGGGAUGUACCAAUUAGUCUCUAAAUUAUUACGGAAAUGGCUUUCUAUAAAAUGGCCAGAAUGAGGCAUAUCAAUAAACAUUUACUAUUGCUAGAUUUGGCAGACAGAGCGCUGCACAAAAGACGUAUUUUUAGAGACCGUGUAGACUUACUACCAGAUAAUGAAGACUGGUUGAUUCAAUUGUUUUAGGGCCUGAUACUCCACUGUGUACUCUUGAAAAUAAAAUGCUGUGUUUUGAGUAGAAUUUCUGCAUCUGAGAAAUUUUUCUUUUUCGUUCGCUUUUGAGAAGACAUGUUGAAAUUCUUAUUUUCAUUUCAUAAUGUGAUGCCCAUUUAUAGCUGUCGGUCGGAAUUCAUGGGUGGGGAUUAUGAUAAUUAUGAAUGAGCGUGCACGCUUGCCCCAUUUACGAAUGAUUGAAAUUCAUUAACAUACACAUGUUUAACUAUCAAAUCUGAUGUUUACGAAGCUUUUGUGAAUCCGGAGGAGAGCUUUUGGGGAAGGUAUGUUUUACGCCCGAAUUACUCAGAAUUUACUCAUAUUUACGCAAGUUUCAUGAAUGAGGCCCAGUGUGUGUGUUCGUGAUGGUGAUUUUAGUUACAUUGUUCUGCCAUUAGAUGGCGACAAGAGUCUGACGUGUCAGUGGUAAAGACUUUUAUAUUGAAAAAGACUGAAACGGAAGUUAUUUUGAGUUUUAAUAACAGCUUGUAAGACACAGUUAACAAAUGCAGUGAUCAGGGCUGUCAUCGGAAAUCACCCUUAACAAAUGAAAGAAAGUCUCAUAAUUCUCUACAUAAUACAGUGAUACAAUAAGCUUUUAAUGAAGGCACUCAGCGUUCCUUCAUACUAAAGUUACGUUUCUGAAUUAGUAACGGAUCUUGAGCUCAGUCUUUGAACUCUCAAAAUGAGAUCUGAAUCUGCGGCGGAAGGAAGUAUUUCCGCACAAAAGAGGAUUUUUAAAGACACUCCGUUGUUGUUUCUUAUGUAUUUACAGACUUGUGCCGGCCAACUGUUGUAUAAAAGCAAUAUCACACUCGUAGCUGUGCGAUAUCGCUGUAAAUCAGCACAGAUAUGAUUACCUACUGCCGAAUCACAACUGUGCUGAUAUACAGCCAUAUCGCACUGCUACUUGUGUGAUAUUGGUCAUUUAUGACCUUCAUAAGUAAUUCACAUCUAUGUUGUUGUUUUGUUUUGAUUGUUGUUGUUUUUUUUUUGUUUUUUUUGAGUAACUGUGCUUCUUACAGUGUGUUACUUUACAUUUACAUUUGUUCAUUUAGCAGAUGCUUUGAUCCAAUGUGAUUUACAAAUAAAGAAUGUGUAAUAUAUUAUUAAAUAUUUAAAGUUACUUAGGGUGAAUUUAGGUAAAUUUAGACACUUUUGACAGUCUUUUUGCUGUCAAAAUGUAGCUCAAUUUACCUGAAUUCAUAUUUCAUCGCUGCUCACAUAAUUGUUAGGUUUGGGUUAAUACUUUAUUUUAUCCACAUUUUAAUAGCUGCAAUACUCAUACUCAGUAAUCAGUAGAUGCAGUACUCUCAAGGAAGACACUCCAGAGACUCCACUGUGUGCUUUGAAGUGAUUAUUUUCUUAUGAAAUAUGCAUAUGUCAUCAUUCUCAAAAUCAGAUAGGAUAGUAAACAUGCAAUAUACGAGCCUAACUCCAUGUCUGCGUUGGAUGCAAACAGAGUGCCACAUCGUAUCAAAAGCAAAUGGAACCCAUUAUAAUCAGUGAUGGGUUUGUAUUGCUUGCUUUGUUGUGUCCAGUGUAGAUAUGGUGUAAAGCUCAUGUUUGUGGGCAGUAAUAUUCAGUGUUAAAUAAUUGUAUCAGAGAUCACUGACAGCAGUAUUGACUGAUCAUUUAAAAACUGAUGCAAAGACAGAACUUUUUCACAAAACAUUUGGAGUGUUUCAAAAAAGCUAAAACAUAUUUUUAAGAAAUUGAUGCAGAAUGUGAGGAAAAUAAUAAACCAAGAAUAAACCAACAGAAUCAGAAGAUACAAAAAUGAAGCUUUAUGUUUAUAACCUUGUAUAACCAUGGGGAGUGUUCCUUUAACUCAACUGGUAUGGCGUUUCCUGAAACACACAAACAUGUAUUGAAUUCAAUGUAAGCCACUUUGGAAUAAAGUAUGAUCAUUCCAGCAGCUGAAUGAAUGUAAAUGUAAAAUAAUCAGUAAGAAGCAAAGUAUAAAAAAAGCUUGUAAAAUUAAAAUUGUAAUGUCACCUCAUACAGUCAAGUGAAUCUCAUGAAAGAUCUCCAUCUGUGGAGAUAGAGACAGAAUUGAAAAGAAGAGAGACAGAAUUGAAAAGAGAGAGAGAACGAUAUAGAAGAAAGAGAGAACUGCAUGAAAGAGCCAUGGAACUGGAUACAAAAGCAAUGAAACUGGAUGAAAGAGCGAGGAAACUGGACAGAAGAGCGAUGGAGCCGGAUUUUAGAGAAAGAGACCUGGAGAGAAGAGAAAAAGAAAUGGAGUUAAGAGAGAGAGUACUGGAUAUGGGCCAUUUUCCAUACAGACAUUGGAGAUGGAUUAUAAAUAUGAUUAUACUGGAUGGAAGAGAGAUGGAACCAGAGACGAGAGAGAGAGUACUGGAGAUAAAAGAGAGAGUACUGGAGAUGAUGCUGUUUAAACCAGAAUGGUUGAUUGAUCGUAUAGAGGAAGAAAUUAUGGAAAGAGCAAUGGAACCAGAUAUUACAGUAACGGAAAUAGAGAGAAAAGAGAAUCUACUGAAGGUAGUAGAGAGUACACACAGGAGAUAUAUGUAUGUAUUUCGAAAUAUGUAUUCCAAUAAAAGAGAAAGAGAAAUGGAACUGGAUAGAAGAGCAAAGGAACUGGAUAGAAGAGCAAUGGAGCUUGAUAGAAGAGAGAGAGAAAUCGUGAAAAGAGUGACUGAACCAGAUGUUAGAGAGAGAGAACUGGAUAGAAGAGAGAGAGAACUGGAACAGAGAACAGAAAUGAUGAUCCUGUACAGAAGACCAUUUCCCCCAUUUAUGAGAUACAGAAGAGCAAUGAAAUACAGAAGAGCAAUGGAACUGGAUAGAAGAGCAAAGGAAUUGGAUAGAAGAGCAAAGGAACUGGAGAGAAGAGCAAAGGAACUGGAGAGAAGAGGGAUGGAACCAGAUAUUAGAGAGAGAGAAUUGGCAAGAAGAGAAAAAGAACUGGAGAAAAGAGAGAUAGAACAAUUUAUAAAUGAAAGACAGAUGGAAUUUCAUUAUAUGAUAGUUGGAGGAGACACAGCACUGGAUAGAAGAGAGAAAGAACUUGAUGGAAGAAAGAAAGAACUUGAAGGAAGAGAGAAAGAACUUGAUUUAAGAGAGAAAGAACUGGAGGAGAUGACUGGAGGACUGAAACCUGUGCGACAGGGCAGCAUGGAAUUACAGCCUCCUACAAUGAAUGACGAACCUCCAGGUUCUCCCUGAAUGUACCACGAAUGCACUGAAGCAAAUUGAUGGAUUUUUUACGUGUCCAGUGAAGGUUGAGUGCAGCUGAUCAAAUGAUCCAUCGACUAAUCAAUGAAAGUUAAAUGACCAAGACUCUCAUCAUAAUGGUUUCUGGUUUGGCUGAACUGUGCUCACAUUCAUUUACAUUUCUAAUCAGUGCACAGCAUGUUUGUAUGUACAGUUUGCUGGACAAUCAAAAAAAUAUCUUUUACAGCCAUACAUUUCAUUUUAUCUUAUAUUUUAACCCUUUUGUUUUUAAUAGCUUACUGUGUAAGUCACUUUGGCAGAAAUCAUCUGUUAACCUUAUGCAUGUCUUUAUUUUAUUUUUUUAAUUAUCCAAGUCCAGAAUUAGUGAAAUCAUCAUUAUUACAAGUUCAGACCGAAAGUGUUGAUUUACAAUUCCCUACUCAUGUAUUAUAUAAUCCAUUGCAUUUAGUCUGGUAUUAAUGCUAUGUAUUGGCUCUUUUCCACGGAGCGGUAUGGUUCGGUACAGUAAAGUAUCCAAUAACCAUGUUUUGGAGUAUUUUAUAUAAAUAUUUUCAUGUUAUCUUUUUAUUUUACGGCAUGUAUUUGUGAAAAUGAUUAGGCAGCCGCAGCACACAUCACAUAGGAAAACGCUGCGCAUUUCAAGGCACUUCAGUGGAGCUUAAUAUUACCUGUUUUGUCAAUGUUAAAAAUAUUUUUAAUGUAUAAAUAAGUACUACAGGUUUUUACUCAAGUCUUUAUCACUUUAUUAAAAUUAAUCAAAACAAAAUGACAAAUGUUUACUUUCUGAAGCUGGCUCGUUCUCGUAUAGGCUUGUAGUAUGCAGUCUCUUGCUCAAUUAGGUAACAAAAAGUGUCGAGAAACGACACCUCUGGCCAUUCCAUUGGGUCGUUUGUCCAGUCACAGAUGCCGUACGGACAGUCCGACCUAAUACGACUCAGUUUUUACUUAUUUUGCUCUGUCGAGCGGCAGAAAUGAUUUUAUGUAGGCCAUUCUGAGUCAACACCAUGCUUUUCCAAUGAGGGAUAAAGGACCGUUUUCCCCCACGCCAACACACAGCUAUAAGGGGCGGUCACACUGCACUUUUCGUUCCAUUGACUUCCAUUCAAACGCAUGCGAAUGUGUCAGACCGGAAACACAAGCUCAUGCGAAAAAUUUUGCAUUUCCCUGCGUUCCAAAGUUCAAGUUUGGUGAUCUCAGACCUGCGAAUUCACAUCACGUGAAGACGUGUGACCAGUAGAAGAUCAAUACGUCACUACGUGAUCUCUCUGUACAGAAAUUCAAAAAUGGAGGACACGCUAAUUUUAGCCAGCGUCCUAUUUUAUAUAAUACAUCUUUAAAAUACACGUGAAAUCAAAAUUGACUAUAUUUAUUUUGUUAGCGCACAUUGCUAAUUUUGUGGUGAACAAUUCAUCCGAGCAAGUCAAUUCACAAAAAAAAUUUGUUUGCCUUCGUAAUCUUUAAUACAAAUUUGAGAAUCCUCCUCCCCGCUAAAACGACGGACCUUCUGUGAUGACGUCAGUCUGACCUAAGGCAAUCAGUUCACGGUAGAAAAACAAACAAACCACGCCCUCUAUGCUUUUCUCAUUCAAUAUUCCGUUUCUCUCGGAAGUACCUCAAAAUACGGAAGUAAAAUCGGUCGCAAACUUCCUGUUCACGCAGACUUUAAAAUAUUAUAAAAAUGAAAUAAAAAAAGAAGCAGCAUGGUUCGCAGUGUCAGUGGAAACAGGAACAGAUGGUACAUUUGAAUGCGGGAACAUUUUAUAAUUUUUUAUUGCUUGUG